UCCUCUGCCCCACCCCAACCAUGGAGGGCCCUGGACUGGUGCAUGGGGAGGCUGAGCCCUUUUCCAAAGCACUCCGAAGCCUCGUCAACAGCCGCCUAUACAGUGAUGUUCGCUUUGUGGUCGGUCAAGAACGGCAGGAGGUGUUUGCCCACCGGUGCUUGUUGGCCUGUAGAUGCAACUUUUUCCAGCGACUUCUGGGCCCAGAGCCAGGCCCUGGGGUGCCCAGCCCGGUGGUGCUAAGCACCGUACCAGCUGAGGCCUUCCUGGCAGUGCUGGAGUUCUUGUACACCAACAGUGUCAAGCUGCACCGCCAUUCUGUGCUGGAGGUACUGACAGCAGCUGUGGAGUAUGGGCUGGAGGAACUGAGAGAGCUAUGCCUGGAAUUUGUGGUGAAAGUGCUGGACGUGGAGCUGGUUUGUGAGGCCCUGCAGGUGGCUGUAACCUUUGGCCUGGGACCAUUGCAUGAGCGUUGCAUACGUUUCAUAGAGGCCCACUGCCAGGAGGUACUUCGGACCCAAGGCUUCCUGGAGCUGUCAGCGCCCGCGUUGCUGUCCCUGCUGCGCAGUGACAAGCUCUGCGUGGACGAGGCUGAACUCGUCCUAGCGGCCCGGAGCUGGGCGCGCGUGGGCGCGGCGGUGCUGGAGAGGCCUGUGGCCGAGGUAGCGGCCCCGGUGGUACGGGAGCUGAGACUGGCCCUGCUGGCCCCGGCGGAGCUGAGUGCCCUGGAAGAGCAAAACCGGAGGGAGCCGCUCAUCCCGGUGGAGCAGAUCGUGGAGGCGUGGAAAUGCCACGCUCUGCGGAGAGGAGAUGCGGCCCAAGGUGCCUCGUGCCGCCGCCGCAGGGGCACCCUGCCCCGGGAGCAUCACCGCUUUCUGGACUUGCCCUUUAAGUGACCAAAGACCAAGUCUUGCGAGGAAUUCUGGGUCUGUCCUAAACUACAUCUCCCGACAGGCUCGGUCUUCUGUGCGGGCUUCCGCUCCCAGCAUGCUUCGCGAGCGGGGCGCGGGAAGAACUGCUGUCUGGCCAGAAGCUCUGUGGUUGGGGCGGAGAAG